UUUCUCGUGACCUAGUCGUCCUCGGCCUUUACUAUAAAUCAAUCCUCUAAGACCUCUUCUUCUUCACAAUUCGAUUUCCAAAUAUCAAAAAUCAAUCUCACCAAUUCUCUUUUCUUAAUAGCGAUUUACGAUCAAGAUGCAGAUCUUUGUUAAGACUCUCACCGGCAAGACUAUCACCCUCGAGGUGGAAAGCUCUGACACCAUCGAUAACGUUAAAGCCAAAAUCCAGGAUAAGGAAGGAAUUCCUCCGGAUCAGCAGAGGCUUAUCUUCGCCGGAAAGCAGUUGGAAGACGGCCGGACUUUGGCCGAUUACAACAUCCAGAAGGAAUCCACCCUUCACUUGGUCCUCAGGCUCCGUGGUGGUAUGCAGAUCUUCGUCAAAACCCUAACGGGAAAGACGAUCACUUUGGAGGUCGAGAGUUCUGACACCAUCGACAACGUGAAGGCUAAGAUCCAAGACAAGGAGGGAAUCCCACCAGACCAGCAGAGGUUGAUCUUCGCCGGAAAGCAGCUCGAAGAUGGCCGUACUCUUGCGGACUACAACAUCCAGAAGGAGUCGACCCUUCAUCUAGUGCUCAGGCUCCGUGGUGGUAUGCAAAUCUUCGUGAAAACUUUGACCGGAAAAACCAUCACUUUGGAGGUCGAGAGCUCUGACACCAUCGACAACGUGAAAGCCAAAAUUCAAGACAAGGAAGGUAUCCCACCGGACCAGCAAAGGUUGAUCUUCGCCGGCAAGCAGCUUGAGGAUGGACGCACCUUGGCCGAUUACAAUAUCCAGAAGGAGUCAACACUUCACUUGGUUUUGCGUCUUCGUGGUGGUAUGCAAAUCUUUGUGAAGACUCUCACCGGCAAGACAAUCACCCUUGAAGUCGAGAGCUCUGACACUAUUGACAACGUGAAGGCCAAGAUCCAGGACAAGGAAGGCAUCCCCCCAGAUCAGCAGCGUCUCAUCUUCGCUGGAAAGCAGCUUGAGGAUGGUCGCACAUUGGCCGAUUACAACAUUCAGAAGGAGUCGACACUUCACUUGGUCCUCCGUCUUCGUGGUGGUAUGCAGAUUUUCGUCAAGACCUUGACCGGGAAGACCAUCACUUUGGAGGUUGAGAGCUCCGACACCAUUGACAACGUGAAGGCCAAGAUCCAAGACAAAGAAGGCAUCCCCCCAGAUCAGCAGCGUCUCAUCUUCGCUGGUAAACAGCUCGAGGAUGGUCGCACACUUGCUGAUUACAACAUUCAGAAAGAGUCGACUCUUCACUUGGUCCUCCGUCUUCGUGGUGGUUUCUAAAUCUUCUUCAUGCUAUGUUCUAAGUCAUUACUCUUUUCAGUUUCUCUAAAAAUGUCUCGUGGUUUGUGUUUUGGGGUCUUGACCUAUGUUUGCUUCUUUCUUUCUCUUAUCUAAAGACAAAUCCAAUCUCUCUAAAUUGCAUUUUAUCGUCUUAAAUGGUUUCUUCCGUUAACUCUCAUGAAUGGGAGAGAUUAUGGUUCAAUGUUAUAUUGUAGAAGAGCUUAUUGUUCGACUUUCUUAACCGGAAAGUGAUCUUGUCCUGUAACAUUCCGGAAAAUUCGUAAUUGUUCAAAGUGUUUACAUUA